UCAAUCUUCUCUGCAGCAUUCCGAUUUGAAAUCAGUUGGUUCGUUUGCACGUGUUUGGAGAUCGGUUUAAAAGAAGAUAUUUAACUACAUUUAACAGCUAAUUAGUGUUAACUUGCACCAUGGAAGAAGACGUUGGCGUUAAAGUAACAGUUACAAGGCUGAGACGUCGGCUAUCUGUGGAACAAUCUGAAGAUGGUGGGUCCCCGGCACCCUCAACACCAACAAAGAAGCGUGGGGGGAGGCUGGCAGCCAAACCACAACUGGAACUUAUUGAUGAAAAUGCCCAAGUGAGCAGUCCCAGAAAGACCAGAAGGAAGUCCUUAGCCACAGAGGCUGAAGAGAAGCCGAUCACACCAUCAAGGAGGAGUGCCAGAAUCAAGUCCAACAGCAGCAUUGUGUCAGAGACACUGUCUGUGACAGCAACAGACUCUCCCAGAGCGAAAAGAGCCGCCCGGAGGACCUCACAAGCCGGAAGUGAUAAUGAUGGCCCGGCAACUCCCGUCAGGCAGACUAGGAGAACUAGAAGAGAUUCUGCUUCCAGCGUUGAAGCUUUAGAGACCAGCACCCUGAUCAAACCACUGCCAGUAGCAGAAAUGGUAAUUGAAGAAGAACCGGAGAAUGAAGUCCAAAAAGAAGAUAACAAAUCUAAGUCAGCCCCUUCUGCUGCUGAUACUGAGGAAUUGUCCCCCAACAGUGCAAGAAAAAGUAAACGACUUUUAGAAAAAAGAAAUAGAAGAAGUGGAUCAUACAAAACGGACCAGGACUCAAGUACUGUAGAAAAUAAAAGCUUAAACAUUUCCACUGGAAAUAAGGAAGCUGAAUUAAAAUCCCAAGAAAGUCCAUCAAAUAAAUCAGUUAAAUCCAAAGAAUCGAAUGACGAUCUUUCUGAGUCUAAUAUGAGCUUGUUGAAAAAAAUUGAGACUGAAUCAAAAAUAAAUAAAUUAAAUCCCAACAAAAGCACAUCAGCUUUAGAUACUGCUGCGAAUGAUAAGAGUAAGAGAAUUAGAACAGAAUCAUGGCCAGCAGUCAUAAUAUCUGAAAAAGACAUUAUUAGUUUCAGUGAUAAUGAGCUCUCUAAGAACCGGAAAGGAAAAUCAAGUAGAAAUACUUUCGGAUUGAAUGUAACAGAUAGCCCUAAGAUUGACAAAUCCAAUACAUCCAUAACUGAUAAAAAUAGUCCACACCCAUUUUUAGACACAUCUUCAAAAAAGAAUAAAAAGAUAGGUGACACUAACAUUGAAGAUAAUUCAAAACCCUCUGAAGAUGGUAACAUGUUGCAAAUGCUGACACCGAAAGAAGACAUCAAUAGUACUAAAGAUAUUGCCAGUGAGAAAGCUGACAAUAGUGAUGAUGUGGCAAAGUUAUUUGAAAACAUGCCGGACAAUGUGCAGGCCACAGUAUAUUUCGAAGAUUCAGACUCUAACAGUGUUGGCGCCCCAACCAAUAAAAUUGAACAUUUAGAUAGUGAAGACCAAUGUGUCCCUGUGGUAAAACACGAUUUCCAAGAAAAAAUUUCACCUAAAGAACUUAAUGGAAAUGAUAAUAUUAUUCUAUCAAAUCAAGUUGGUAUAGAAAAUGAUCCAAGCGCUGAGAUAAGUAUCCCGAAAAUAAUUACUGAUGAUGUUAACGAUAGUUGUGAGCCAAUGGAUAUUGAUGAAACCAUUCAUGAAGACAUUUUACAGAAAUCUUUGGAAACAACACAACAGUCUAAUAAAUCGUUCAAAUUGUCACAACAUAGUAUUAUAGAAGAAACUAAUAGCUCCAAGAGAAAAUCAUCAAUUUCAAACUCUGGUACAAACACUCCAGAUUUGUCGAAAAAUGAUAAGAGAAAAUCAUCAAUUUCAAGCUCUGGUGUAAACACUUCGAAAAAUGAUAAGAGAAAAUCAUCAAUUUCAAGCUCUGGUGUAAACACUCCAGAUUUGUCGAAAGAUAAGAGAAAAACAUCAAUAUCCAACUCUGAUAAAAACACCCCAGAUUUGUCGAAAAAUGAUAAGAGAAAAUCAUCAAUUUCAAGCUCUGGUGUAAACACUCCAGAUGUAUCGAAAGAUAACAAGAGAAAAACAUCAAUAUCCAACUCUGGUACAAACACUCCAGAUUUGUCGAAAAAUGAUAAGAGAAAAACAUCAACAUCCAACUCUGGUACAAACACUCCAGAUUUGUCGAAAAAUGAUAAGAGAAAAUCUUCAAUUUCAAACUCUGGUGUAAACACUCCAGAUUUAUCGAAAGACAACAAGAGAAAAACAUCAAUAUCUAACUCUGGUGCAACAACUCCAGAUCUCUCGAAAAAUGAUAAGAGAAAAUCUUCAGUUACAGACUCUGGGACUGAUACUCCAGAUAAAACUAAAAUUGAUAAAAGAAAGUCAUUCAUUUCAAACUGUACUGCAGAUACUCCAGAUUUAUCUAAAAGUAAUACUAACAAUAAAAGCACUUUGAUAUUAUCUCAAAUAAAAGACGUAUCUUCUACCUCGGAUAACGUCAAGUCACCUAAACUAUCAACACAUGAAUUAUUAUCGAAAUCAGAUAUUAAUGAAAAAAGUAAUAAGAAUAUAAAAAUAUCUAAUGGUAAUCUUUCUUUGAAUGAUGUGAAAGGAACACCGAAGCAAAACGCUAUUCCAAAACUGGCAAUGCAGACUAGUACUCCUAUUACUACACAACAGCUGGGUAUCAAAACGAAAAUUGAAGAACAAAAGCAAGAAGGCACAAAGAAAAAGAAAUCUAACUUUUCCAAAUCGAUUAAUGAAACAGAUUCGUCAGAAGAGGACAGUGAUAAUGAUGAAUCUUAUGAACGUUCAGUUGAAAGGAAUAAACACAUUGACGAUGAAGCCGAAGAAGCAAGUGAUGACUACGAAUCAGGGGACAGUCAAGAUGAAGAGGACAGAAGAUAUGAAGAAGAGAAUGAAAUUGUACAACGAGGCGAAACUCUAACCUCCGAUGACGAUAUGUCUGAAGACACUGAUUAUGAGAAAGAUUCGUUUGUAGUAAGUUCAGAUGAAGAUGAUAUUGAAUUGCUUUCUGGCUCUGGAGAUGACCUUUCAAUGAGUGAUAAAGAACUGACAAUGAGCAAGAAAAGCAAGAAGAAGUAUAAUGAACGUAAAUUGAAAGAACAAAAGAAUGCAUCUAGAGAAAUGUUUGAAUCACGCCACAAACUAAACUCUUCAGACCAAAAAUCGCCGGCUCCUAAAAGCAAGAAAAAUCGAAUGAGAAUAGACUCGUCUUUAUUAGCAUCUGAUGAAGAAGUAGUUGUUAACCCUAAGAAAUCCAAUCGCAUGCGUUUGAAUUCUACUCUCAACGAAAGUGCCAAACUGGAAGAUACCAAUGUGUCUUUGAACAAAAGCAAUAAGAAUAAGUCUAAGCAAGGCUCUGACCUUGAUACCAGUGAAAGACAAGUAGAUACCAAUAUAUCGCUCAAAAAGAACAAGUCUAUGCAUGUGUCUGCCACUGAUGAAAAGGAAAUAACAGUCUGCAAUGACAGCACCAUAGACAAUGCGGAUCCUUUGCAAGUGCUUGUAAAACAAGAGCCUAAGACACCACAAAAAGAUAUGAACAUCUCUGUUGUUCAGUUCACUGACCGGGAAGAAAUCGAAAAUGUACAAGUAACAGAUGGCAAUUCUAUUAUGAACCAAACUGGUACAGACCCGUUACAAGCUACAAUGGCUUGUGAAGAUACUUCGGAUAGUAGUGGUAAUGAAGAAAUUUUGCUGAAUUAUGACUCUGUACUCAGUGAACUAAACAAAGACAACAAAACUAAAUUUAACAAACACAAUGUUUCAUUGAACAGUGGCAAUACAACUGAAAGAAACCAAGUUGAGCCCAUUAUCGAUCAAUUAAACUUAACCCAGACAAAAAAAUCAAAGAAAGACAAGGAUACCAAAAGAGAUGUUUCAGAUUCAAAAACAAUUAAAGUUUCAAAGGAAAAACAAAAAUCAGAUAAUGAAGACUCUUCCGAUUCAAUUGACCUACAGCUACUAUUCUCUGAGGACAAUUAUGGCAGUGACGAUGAACAGAAGUCGCAGCAAAACAAAGCAGAUGAUGACAAUAUGUUUAUCCCACUAAAAAAAUCCCCUGGAAAAACUAGUAUUCGGGAAAGUAUUGAUAUUACCUCAUCACAACAGGACAUUAAUCUGAAUGAAAGUACCAAGAAGAAAAAGAAACAUUCUAUAUCAGAAGCCGCUCUUGAGGAAUCUAAAGAUUUAUUAAAUGUUUCCAAAAAUGUUAACAUUUCCAUGAACGAGAGUGGUAAAAAGAAGAAAAAGAAACGUUCUAUAUCGGAGCCCGCUGAAGAGGAGCCUAAAGAUACUUUGAAUAUCUCUAAAAAUGUUAACAUUUCUAUGAAUGAGAGUGUCAAAAAGAAGAAAAAUAAACAUUCUGUGUCAGAGCCCGCUGAAGAGGAAACUCAAGAUACUUUGAACAUCUCUAAAAAUGAUAACAUUUCUUUGAAUGAAAGUGGAAUAAAGAAGAAAAAGAAACAUUCUGUGUCAGAGCCCGCUGAAGAGGAAACUGAAGAUACUUUGAACAUCUCUAAAACUGUUAACAAUUCUAUGAAUGAAAGUGGAAAGAAGAAACAUUCUGUGUCAGAGCCUGCUGAAGAGGAGACUAAAGGUAAUACUUUGAACAUCUCUAAAAAUGAAAGUGGAAAGAAGAAAAAGAAACAUUCUAUAUCAGAGCCAGCUGUAGAGGAAAAUCAAGUCGCUCCUGAUCCUGUAGACACAGAACUUAAUGAAAAAACAAAGAAGAAGAAAAAACGCAAGUCAUCCUUAGCUGCAGAACCUGAGAGUGACCUCUUUUUCAUAGACACGACUGGAACCUUAAAGGAUAAUAAAGAAAACACAAUUGCAGAAUCAACUCAACCUGUAACACCAAAGAGCGAAAAGAAGAAAAAGAAACAAAAAUUGGAAGCUUUAGUUCGUGACGACGAUUCAGAUGAAGCCCCGGACGAAGCCCCAUUUCAAAGUGAAAAAGCGUCCGAAAUGGAUAUGCAAAAUAUAGGUAAAACUGUUAAUGAAUCAGCAGACGCAGACGGUGCCAAGAAAAAACAUAAAAAGAAGAAGAAGAAGAAAUCAUCGGCCGCUUCUAAUCAUUCAGGUGAAAACAUUGAUACUCAGAACUUUACUGCUGCUAACUGUAAGAAACGUAAGAGGAAGACUUCUAAUGCGGAAUAUUCUCAAGAAUCUGGAGAUGUCCAAGAGAGCGUGGAAACUGGAAAGCAUAAUGAAUUGGUCGGCAGCAAUAAAAAACGUAAAAUUUCGCAUAAUGAAGAUAACACAUCAGUUUUAGGCUCCAGUGAAUCUAAAAAUGCCAAGAAAAAGAAAAAUCGUGAUGUUAAUUUCCAAGACACUGCAUCUACAUCAGAAACAACCGAAACACAAGUUAAGAAAAACAAAAAGCGAAAACAUAGAGAUGAGGACGGCGAUAACAAGCAGACGAAGGUUAAAAAGGACAGUUCUUUCCAAGAAGUGCACGUACCGCGUCUUCCAGACAACAUUCUUCGGCAACUAGAUGACAAGCCCAGGAAGAUCAAGCCGCCAAAAGCUAUAGCCACAUCAAAUUUCAUUGUUGAAAAUGCCAGGCAAAAGAGAGCCAAACCUUCAAACUACUUAGAAGAGAGCAUUUACCUUGAUGAAAAGUCCCCACUAACUAAAAAACAAAAACAACGCAUCAAAAAACCUAAAGUGUUGCCAUUUAUACCCACUGCAUCAAUAUCAGACAGUGGAUAUACAACAAAUUUCAAAAUUAACAAGCUGUCACAAACUACGAGAUUUGAAGCAGAACCAGUCGCCUUUUCCAAAGAAACCUAUUUGCAAAAUAAUCAUAUUAAAAGACUAGGAACUUAUGACCGGUACAAAAAGCAAAUGCAUCAUAAAAUGUCUAAAUUUUAAUGACAAUACAGUGCCAACACAAUGCAGCAAUGGCAUGUCAGUCAUGCAGCGAACGCUGGCGUCGCGGUGUCUGCAAAAGUCGCAUGUUAUUAUUUACUAAGUAUAUCUAAGAAACAAAAUUAUUGAUUCUAAGAAAUUAUGUCA